CCUCUCUCGUGCAUCUUAUCGUGUACAGAUUUCAAUAACUUCCUGACAAAAACCCCAACAGUGAAACCAUCACAAUCGGACGGUUCAGUGCAAAAGGCGUCAAGAUGCAACCGGCUCUAUUACGUUUCAAAUGUUGCUGUGACGAGGAACGAAGCGGCAUUGCGUUGCUCUGCAUUGAAAAUGUCCCUCUUGGCAGUCACAUCUCUCGAGGAAAUGAACUGUCUCUCCAGUUUUAAAGAUGGAACUUACUGGACAAGCGGCUCCAAUGAAGAUCCAAAAUGCGAUUUGGAAAAGAAAUACGCGUGGUGCUCGAUCGGCUACAACAUGUCGACCUCUCUCACAUCAAUGUCCAAAUUCUGGCUGCCAACCCCUGCACCAUUGUCAACCCUCCAACGCUGUUUGGCCCUGGAAAUCUCCACCACUCCGAAAAGCAGGAGCAGGGGAUGACUCACAGAAAAUGCGAUGACGCACUGCCCUACAUUUGCCAGUUUCCCGUCGACUGUCCCAAGCAGUUCACCAAAAACACAAACUUAUUUGAUUCUUAUGGAAAUUUGAUAAAUCGAACUUCUUACGGUGUCUGGAUCAACAUCGGCAGCUACACCUAUCUUUUGGGAAACAAACCGAUGUCUUGGUUGGCAAGCAUGCAACAAUGCUAUGCUUUGGGAAUGGAGUCUCUCAACAUCGACAAUGCUGCCGAGCAACAAUUACUAACACGCUUUUCGGCCGGUUACAACAAAACCAACUGGAUAGCGAAUUUAAACUACUGGACUUCCAGCACCUCGAAAGGCUCUCCCGAAGGCCAGUUUUCGUUUUGCGAACCCACGGGACCCACGAUUUUCAGCCAGGAUUUGAGUUGGGAGCGCGGCCAGCCCGACAACAAAAAUGGAAACGAGAGCUGCGUGCAUUUUCGCUUCGUUUUGAAUGCGACAGGCACCAUCAUGAGCGACAGGAACUGCGCCAACAGAUACGUUUACGCUUGCAAGACGCAAUUAAUUGCGACUGAAAAGCCGGCGUGUGCUGCUUCGUGCCCUUUAAAUCAAUGCCAGCGAGAUGUCAACCUGUUCAACUCGACAAAUAACGUUCUUUUAAAUUACACUUCUUAUGGCGAGUGGUACGACAGCUGUGGCCGGAACAUUUUGACUUACACCAAAACCAAGUCUACCUGGAAAAAUGCCAGGGACCAGUGCUGCGAAAUAGGUUUGAAUUUAACCUCCGUAGAGUCGACUGGAAAAUUGAAUUGCAUUUCCAAACUGAUUACAAAAUAUUCGUGGUUGACCAUUGGUGACUACUGGCUUUCCGGAACGGACCUGGGGUGCCCCUCAAAUUUCAGGUGGUGCUCCCUCGACCGCGAUUUCGUCAACCCUGAGCUCAUUUGGAAGGAGGGACAUCCGAUCAAAGGCCUAAAUUGCGUUUAUCUGGAGGCAAGAAACGAAUCCUCGCUUCUGGCCACCGCCGACUGCGCCGAGGAAAAGAAUUUUUUGUGCGAUAUUCGGAGAAGUGCAGCCUCGGCCCAGUUGGGAACCCAGAACGAAUGCGCAGAAAUUUGGAACGUCACUAGCUCUGAGGUCGAUUUUCUGUUGAACGCCACUGCACUAGGAUCAGCAAAUAUUUCUCUACAUCUUAAGUGUUUCCUGAAAUGCGUUGGCGUCGAUCUGGGGCUGUACAAGUCUGGAGGAUUGAGCAGCAUCGCCGUCUUGCUGCAAAUAGAACUUGCAUCGCAAGAGGAACCUUCGAAAAUGGAGCAGGGUUUCGUUUCGUUCGACGAGUGCAGUGGAAAAAAAUCUGAUGACGAAUGCGUGAAUGCCUAUGAAACGUUCAAGUGCGGCUUGGAAAAAGCACCUGAUACCGUUGUGGAGAUGGUCAAAAAUAAUUUCGAAAACGCUUCCAUGCCAUCCCCUCCGCUUCCAUGUGUUCCAAAACGUCGAUCCUGUUGGCUCUCUGAAAGAAAUAGCUGCAAAAAUAAUACGCACGAGAUGUGGUGUCGCAAACGCCAAGUUUUGCCGGACAUCUUUUAUGCCUUCCCCGCGGGCGAGAAUCGCUUUCCUUGCAGCGAGUCUGUUGUUGCCAUCGACGUGGAACUGCUCAAAAUUAACAUGGUAUUCUUAUCGAACGGCAGCAUCCACGACCUGUUCAACAGCAGGGUCAAGACCAACAUUAUUCCAACUUACAUUUGCGAGACGCAGUAG